AAACACCUAUUGCCAUUAGGAAUCUCAUUCUUAGAAGAAGAAGAUAAUGGCUGGAAUUGUGGUUGUUUUCGACUUCGACAAAACGAUCAUUGACUGUGAUAGUGAUAACUGGGUUGUUGAUGAAUUGGGUUUCACUGAUUUGUUCAAUAACCUCCAUUCCACCAUGCCAUGGAACACUCUCAUGAAUAGGAUGAUGAUGGAACUUCAUUCUCAUGGGAAAACAAUUGAAGACAUUGAGCAAGUUUUGCAAAGGAUUCCUAUACACCCUAGAAUCAUCCCUGCCAUUAAAGCUGCUAGGAAUAUGGGGUGUGAUUUGAGGAUCGUUAGCGAUGCCAACACGUUCUUCAUUGAGACAAUUUUGAAACACUUAGGAAUAAGGGAGUGCUUCUCAGAGAUCAACACUAACCCAAGUUAUGUUGAUGAUGAAGGAAGGUUGACAAUUUUGCCUUACCAUGUGCACGGAUGCUGUAAUCCUUGCCCUCCAAACAUGUGCAAGGGUCUAAUCAUAAAGAGAAUCCAAGAUACAAUAUCACAUGAGGAAAACAAGAGGUUCAUCUAUCUUGGUGAUGGUGCUGGAGAUUAUUGCCCAAGUUUGAAGCUUAAAGACAAAGACUUUGUGAUGCCAAGGAAGAAUUUUCCUGUGUGGGACUUGAUAUGCAAAGACCCUUCAUGUAUUAAAGCUGAAAUCCAUGAGUGGAGCGAUGGAGAAGAGUUCGAACAAGUUUUGCUGCACCUAAUCAACAAAAUCUCCAUGCAUGACGACAUUGCUCAAUUCAUGUCAUCUAAUUGCAAGCUUAAAGCAAUAUUCCCUCAAGUUCUUCCAGUUCAACAAUAAUUUCUCUGUUUAAUAUUCUUUGCAAAAGUUACAACGAUUUUGUUUUCUUUUACAAAUUAAUUGAUUUAAUAUAUAUUAUUCAGUUUAACGAAUGA